GUUUAUAUUUUCAAUUUGUGGUUUGUAUUUGGAGGUUAUGUAUUAUUUAUCAUCAGAUAUUAAUAAGUGAAUUGUGAUUUUGAAGUGUAAACAAGCAGAAGGAAAAUCGUUAGGGAUAUCUAAGCUUUAUCCCCAUAUUAAGGAUACAUAAUAAUCAUUCUAGGUAGUUACUAUUUGUGAAGAAUUAUAGUUAGUUUAUUUUAUCGGUCACUGUGGCUUGUUUCUACCGCAAAACCCAGCAAAACUUACGCAUAGUUCAUCAUUUCAAACAUUAAUUAGUUAGACUAGAACUUAAUAAAAAAAAAGCCAUAAUGAGUCUAUUGCAGUGUAAUUAAAAUGAAGCCUGUGAAUAUUUGUUAUUUAUUACACAAAAUGAUAAUUAGUUGACGCAUACUUUAUAUUGUUAGAAUGUUAAUGUUGCUAUUUAAGUUUUGACCUUUGUACUAUUUCUGAAUAAUCAUGCUGAACACAGCAAUCAGUGUCUCUAUUGCUGUGGUGUUUAUCUCAAUUGUUUCAUAUUACUUUAUAAUGAAUAACAAGUCAGGUGCACUUUCAAUGGCUAACAAUGGUUUACUCUUGGUAUCAAAUGCUGCCAAAGCACACAGAUACUGUUCUCAAGUCUCAAAAUAUGUGAAAAAUGUACUGUAUAUAAAGUUUAAUAGUGGACCAGACAGCUCAUUGCCUGUUAUAAAUAAACAAAUUAUUAACAUAUACACGAAGGCAUCAACACAAUGUGGCAAUGUGGACGUAAGACUGAUGCUGAAGCCAAUAAAUAGUCAAGAGAAAUUAAAAACAAAUAGGCCUUAUGAAUUAAUCAUGUAUGAUAGAGAUUUAGCCAAGGAUGUUGUCAAUAGUUUAGUCAACAAUGCUCCACCUGAAACACAAGUACAAAGUAUAGAUAGUGAUAAGAGUGUCAUAUCAAAAUUGUUAACAAAUGACGGGGAAGCAGUGAAGACGUAUGAAUACGUAGCUCUAGGCGGCACAUUCGACCGAUUGCACAAUGGACACAAGAUCCUGCUCUCACAGGCGGCGUUGCGAGCCACCAAACACGUCACAGUUGGUGUAACAGAUGUAAAUAUGAUUCAGUCCAAAACACUUUGGGAGUUAAUAGAGCCGGUAGAAAUACGGAUGAAGGCUGUGUUGGACUUCCUCACCGAUAUAAAUCCUGAUCUAGAGUACAAUGUGUGUCCCAUACAAGAUGUGUACGGACCAACAAAAGAUGAUCCAAGGUUUCAGUUAAUAGUAGUAAGCGAAGAAACAAAACGCGGUGCCUUAAAAAUAAACGAGAAACGGAAAGAGAAAGGUCUUCAGCCAUUAGACGUCUACACAAUAGGAAUGGCGGAGGAGUUAGACCAGCAGUCAACUGAAGAGGAGGCUAAAGUUAGCUCCAGCAACCUUCGGAUGCGGUUGUUGGGGACCCUGUUGAGAGAACCUAAGCCAAAUCCGAACAUACCUGAUUGGCCAUAUGUGAUCGGAUUAGCAGGCGGUAUUGCCAGUGGAAAAAGUAAUAUCACAAACAAAUUAAAGUUAAAGGGUGCAGCGAUAGUUAACUGUGAUAUAAUAGCCCACGAGCUGUACGAGCCCGGGCUGCCUCUGAACCGCACGAUAGCGGAGGCGUUCGGUGAUGACGUCAUCACUGCGCAGGGCGAGGUGGACAGGAGGAAACUCGGCAGUAUCGUGUUUAGUGAUAAGGAUCAACUCGAGAAACUGAACCAGUUGGUGUGGCCCGCAGUGGUGGAGGAGGCCCAGAGGCGCGUGAAGGCGCUCGGCGAGCAAGGGUAUAAGGUGGUGGUGAUGGAGGCGGCGGUGAUGAUCCGCGCCAAGUGGUACACGCGCUGCCACCAGCUGUGGGCUGUCAUCGUGCCACCAUCAGAGGCAAUUAAGAGACUGCAAGAGCGAAAUAACCUGACUGAAGAAGAGGCAAAACAGAGGGUCAGCGCCCAACCUUCGAACGCAGAACAGGUCGCACAAGCUAACGUCGUCUUCAGCCCCUACUGGAGUUACGAAUACACGCAAGUGCAAAUAGACAGGGCGUGGGAGCAUUUGCAAAACUAUUUGGAGUGUAGAAAAUGAAACUGCCCUCAAAAUGAAUAUUCUGUAACAUUUUCCGUAGACAGAGAAAGUAAUAGACGAAUGGAUAGAUAAAGAGAACAACAUAUGCUUGGACUCUAUAAAGAAACGAGGUCUAGCAUGCGUCAACAAUGUAUCUCAUGAAGAGAAAAGAGAUAUUGCCUAUCAAUAUGGUGGAGUUGAAAUCUCUCUCGCUCUCUUUCUUCUAGCGAUAUUUUCAAUUCCGCUACUAUUGGUCGAUGUUUGUCUUUCUGUCGUCUCGAGAUAUAUCGUGCGUAUCUAAGGCCUUAAUUUGUUGCAAAUUAUAAGUAACCAGUUAGUUUGAAAUAUAUUCGUCGAAAAAGUAUAGUGUGCUGUAUUGUGAACUUACGUCAAAAACUAAUAUAUUUUUAGUGACAACGGCAUAAUCACUCGUCUAAUUCUUUAUCUGUCUACGCUUUUGACCUUAUUUUUUUCUUGACGGCAAGUAAUAGGCUGUCUGUCCAAUCGUCGAAAGGUCAGUUACUGACAAUUUGCAGUCCUUUAAACGAUGUUGACAGAUGAAAUCCUGUUGAGUUUAAAUAGUAAUAUAUUAAUUGCAUAUACGCUACUGGCAUAUAUAAUAUUCAUUAAUUAAAUAUAUUCAAAUCAAUACAUUAUAUGUAUUGAAAGCUUAAACCAAUACAUUAAAAAAUAAACAGACAAUAAUAAUUUAGCUAGAAUAUACUAGAAACUUCAUUAUAAAGUAAUGGAAAAUAGAAAUGGCUGAUGUGUUCGUAUUGGUAUUAUUUAAAUCGUACUUAGCUGUUUGUUAGCCAAGUUUGGUACAUAACCCGCUUCCACAUUGAUCCAAACACCUAUCUUCUUGAGUCUUUUUCUCACUUAUAAGUGGUGACGAAACUAUUUGUUUCCAACUGUAUAUAUCCCGGGCGUCAUUACUUUAGCGUAAUCCAGGACAGAUCGAAAGCAUCUUCGCUUCUAUGGACUGCUUCCAAGUAGCCUUUGGUUUGCCACAUAUUCGCUUGUCUCCUCCAGUACGUCUAGCAUGCGACCAAUUACAUGUAUCUUGAAGAGAAAUAGACAAAAUUUCGACCAAUUGCGGGGAAUAGUUCCAACCUUUCAUCAAUCAAUCAAUCAAUUUAUUUAUUUGCAGAUACAAGCUUACAAAGAUAUGUAUGUGGUAAGUAUGAUGUAAAUGGUAGCCAAUUUGGUAUGCAAAGUAUUUAUUAAGUAUGUGUUAUUUAAUUAUUUCAAAUGACAAUUUUAUCAUUUAAAAUUUACAAUUUCAUCAUUAGGCUUCGGCCGUGGCUAGUUACAACUCUACCGACAAAGACGUACCGCCAAGCGAUUUAGCGUUCCGGUACGAUGUCGUGUAGAAACCGAAAAAGGGUGUGGACUUCAUCCUCCUCCUAACAAGUUAGCUCGCUUCCAUCUUAGACUGCAUCAUCACUUACCAUCAGGUGAGAUUGUAGUCAAGCGCUAACUUGUACAGAUUAAAAAAAAAAACAUCCCAAUGCAAUGAAAGAGAUAUAUUUCUUGACUUUUGUCUAUAUUUCUUCACGAGAUGGUCGUUUGAUCGCAUGUUAAGCGUAGGUACUUACAGAUAUUAGACCUUAACUGUUUAAAUCUAAUAAACAUUAAAUUACUAUAUUGGAUAGAAGCAGGCGUUACUUUGCGGAAGUUCAUCAUGAUUAUACAACGUGUCCCAAAAUUCAACGAUAAGCGGGCGCCAAAAGAUUGACCUGCUCAUGAGCACUUAAGGAAAAAUAAUAAAAAAAAUAUACCUAAAUUUUUUUUUUAGUUACAAAAUAAAUUUUAAAAUUCUUUGAAAAUUUACACCUUGUAUGAUAUUUUGAACUACCGCAGCUACAAUUUCUUAAAUAUGCUUAAGAUUUUUUUUGUAUCGGAACCUAAGUAGUACUACUAUUCACCACAACUCUUAAAAACACCACAAUGCCCGCAGUUUUUACACAAAAAAAAAUCAAAAUAUUUUUUUUCCCUCAAAUUUUUAAAGAUUUUUACUUUCAGUCUACUUUGACUCAUGGUCUUGCAAAAAAAAGUAUGAACACCGCUAUGGCAAGUUAUUUUCAAAGUUGACGCAACUAAUCAAGAUUUCAAAAUAGUAUAAUACCCUAGGAUAACUAGUCACAAAAAAAAAUAUGCGUACCAUUUGUAAACAAGAACCAAAUUUCUUAAUUGUUCUUGUUGUUAGUAAUAAAUUUUACUAUGUUCCAAAAAUGUGUUUGUUAUUUUAAUUACACAACAUUAAAGUAAAUGUUCGAAUUGUUUUCCACCGGCAUUAAUACAGGCACGACAUCGCCUUAAAAACGACCGUUUUAUUUUUCGCGCAUAUCUUCUAGCAUUGAUAUGUGCCGCAGCCUGAGUGAUUUUUUGCCGAAGCUCGUCCAAUGUCGUAAUCGGUUUUGCGUAGAUCCUGUCUUUGAGACAACCCCAAUAAAAGAAAUCCAGGGGGUUUAGGUCGGGUGAUCGGGGUGGCCAUAGGAUAGGACCAAGUCGCCCGAUCCAACGCCCCGGAUACUCGUGGUCUAGGUAUUGUCUCACAGGACGAGCGUAGUGAGCUGGGCAACCAUCAUUUUGAUACCACAUAUUUUGAAGGUCGCUUAGGGGGACGUCUUCUAGUAAUUCUUGCAAAUCAUUUUGUAAAAAGUUCAAAUAACUGUCCCCAUCUAAGUUUCCUUGUAAUUCAAAAGGCCCAAUCACUUUUCCAUUUAAAAUGCCCGUCCAUAAGUUGACCUUAAAUUGAUAUUGGGAUUUGUCUUCUCUCAUCAGGUGCGGAUUCUCAUUGCUCCAGCUGUGUAGGUUGUGAAGAUUUAAAUAGCCAUCUUUCUUGCAGGUUGUUUCAUCCGACCAUAGUACUUUAUCCAAGAACUGAGGAUCUUCCCGAUGCUUUUGAAGCAUCACUCGGCAAAAUGCGAUCCGCAGUGGAUAGUCCCGUGAUAGUAACGUUUGUACACGUCUGUAAUGAUAUGGGUGUAGCCGAUGACGUUUUAGUAUUCGAUGUGCUGAACUUUUUGGGAUUCCCGUAGCUGCUUCUAUGGCACGCACUGAGGUAGUUGAAUCAAUGUUUAUUUCAUUGAGAACUUCUUCAUCGCAUUCCGAUCUAGGUCUUCCAGCGUUUCUUCUAGCUGACGGCAAACGACCCUCCGAAAACGCUUGAUGCACAUUCAUAAAUACCCGAUAAUCUGGAUAUCUUUGAGCGUUUGGGUACCUUUCUCGAUACAAUCUGCUAGCAGCGUUAGCAUUGCACCGACAUUCUCCAUAAAUGAGAUGCAUGUUAGCGUAUUCCAUCGGCGUGUAUGGUUGCGGCAUGAUAACGCUAAACAGUCCAAAAUACACCAAAAGUCCAAUUCACAAAACACAGGCACAGUCCAAAAUAAUGCCAGGUCAGUUCAGUUUGCAGAUCACUUAAGUCCAGUCCAAAAUGCAAAGCCAAAAGUCGUUAGUACGAGAGCCACGUCAAUUGAAUACGGAAAGUUGCGCAGUAAACAAAAGAGCAGAGCGUACUGACUUGCUGGGAACAGGAUUUUCUUUACCUGCAUCAUUGUCAUUCAACAAAGAACAUCUGUCUAUCCCUCUCUAACGUAUACUUAUCGCUAUCUUUCUCUCUCUCUCUCUCUCUUAUUUUUAAAUGUUAUCGUUCGUUCCAUUAAAAUUCUAGGAAAUUGCAACGUAUGACUCACAUCAUUUUGUGCAUAAAGUAAAAGUGAUUUCUAGGAGCAAAAACAUUUUAGAAAUUUAGUUCUUGUUUACAAAUAGUACGCAUAUUUUUUUUUUGCGACUAGUUAUCCUAGGGUAUUAUACUAUUUUGAAAUCUUGAUUAGUUGCGUCAACUUUGAAAAUAACUUGCCAUAGCGGUGUUCAUACUUUUUUUUGCAAGACCAUGAGUCAAAGUAGACUGAAAGUAAAAAACUUUAAAAAUUUGAGGGAAAAAAAAUAUUUUGAUAUUUUUUUGUGUAAAAACUGCGGGCAUUGUGGUGUUUUUAAGAGUUGUGGUGAAUAGUAGUACUACUUAGGUUCCGAUACAAAAAAAAUCUUAAGCAUAUUUAAGAAAUUGUAGCUGCGGUAGUUCAAAAUAUCAUACAAGGUGUAAAUUUUCAAAGAAUUUUAAAAUUUAUUUUGUAACUAAAAAAAAAAUUUAGGUAUAUUUUUUUUAUUAUUUUUCCUUAAGUGCUCAUGAGCAGGUCAAUCUUUUGGCGCCCGCUUAUCGUUGAAUUUUGGGACACGUUGUAUAAUGAUUUAUUUAUUUUGCUAUCAUCCGCGAAAAUUCGGCGAACCCAUGCGACAACGUCACCCAGGUCCGACAAAAUACUUUGCAAUUGCAAAUUGCAAACUUUGCAAUUGCACGUUGUAGAGUCAACAUCUCCUGAGGAUGCUCCGGUUUCGGGGUGAAACGUACGUAGAGAGUAUUUUGUCGGACCUGGGUGACGUUGUCGCAUGGGUUCGCCGAAUUUUCGCGGAUGAUAGCAAAAUAAAUAAAUCAUUAUAUAAUUAAAUUACUAUAUUAUACUUAUUACAUUAAACUACGUAUCUAAUUUAGUAUAUAAAUGUUUAUUUCUGUUGAUUAUAAGAAUAGUAUUUUAAGAAUAUUUUUUGUAACAACUAACAUUGCAUUUUUGGGUGAUAUUAAGAUUAAUGAUAGAUGUUAAGUUAUAUAAAAUUAUGUAACAUUGUUUUUAAAAUAAAUAAGGAGUUAUUAAAAGUUGCAUUACUUUA